AUGACGAGUAUUAAAAAAAUGUUUUUGUUGUCUACCAUGAAAACCAUUUGUAAUAGCUCUAAUAGUCAAUUUACAGAAUUGCAGGUAAGCCUAUUUGCCCGCAAGCGAAAGAACCGGAGGCUAAAGCAGGCCAAAGAAGAAGCUCAGGCUGAAAUUGAACAAUACCGUCUGCAAAGAGAGAAGGAGUUCAAGGCCAAGGAAGCUGCGGCUCUGGGAUCCCAUGGCAGCUGCAGCACUGAAGUGGAGAAGGAGACCCAGGAGAAGAUGACCAUCCUCCAGACCUACUUCCAGCAGAACAGGGAUGAAGUCCUGGAUAACCUUUUGGCUUUUGUCUGUGACAUCCAGCCAGAAAUCCAUGAAAACUACCGCAUCAAUGGAUAGGAGAGGAAGAAGCAGCUCUGUGAGCAGAUUGGCAUUUUAUAUGCCUUCCUGGAAUAUGAAGCUUCAGCACAGCUUGAGUUACAUCCUUGUGAAAAGGCAUUAAAUUAUUUC